CCGACAUGUAUGAUCGAAUGGCUGUGCCCCGCGCCGACAUACCGCGUGGAGUAACCCUGGGGUAACCUGAACGGCGACUGCUCUAGUCGAAUGCCGCGAGACUGAUACUUAUACGACAUGCGUAGGACCGAACUAUGCAUAUAUCCCCACUAUCCCGAGGUACCCGCGAUUCGAACCGUUGAGGAGCAUACCUCUCCGCACUGUUACGUGCACCGCGUGUCUUCAGAUGAUUUUCCUCCAGCUGGGCUGCUUCUUCUUCGCCUUCGUCGUAUACAAGCUUGCAUAUGAUCGGCGCGGUGCGCCGCUACCUCCUGGCCCUCGCGGACUACCUGUUCUAGGGAACGCACUGCAGGUUCCUACCGCGUUCAGCUGGCUAAAAUUCACCGAAUGGGCAAAGACUUACGGCGAUGUUAUACACGUUUCCGCGCUUCAAUGCUCGUUUAUUAUCCUGAGUUCUCGGGAGGCUAUCACCGAUCUGCUCGAGAAGAGAGGCGCGAUAUACUCUGAUCGCCCAAUCAUCCCGAUGGCUGGAGAACUAGCAGGAUCCGCUAAACACACUCCACUGAUGCAGUACGGAGAUCGCCACAAAGAAGGGCGAAAGCUUAUAUUGGGCAUGAUCAAUGUUCGUAAUGCGCCUAUGCUACAUGCGAUUCAAGAAGCGAAGGCCGCGCAACUCGUCUCUCGGCUGGCGCAAGAUCCCAGCAACUUCUCGCGCCAUAUUCGCUGGCUCGUAGCGAGUGUCGUACUGCAGAUCACACACGGAUUAAUCAUCGACAGCUGUGAUGAUCCUCACCUGCGCACUGUCCAGGAAGGCAUGGACGAGUUCUCGAGGAUGACCGCUCCUGGCGCCUACCUGGUCGACAGCUUGCCUUUCUUGAUGCAUAUCCCGGAAUGGAUUCCGGGUGCGGGCUUUAAGAAGGAAGCAAGAGAGCAUGAAGAGCGUGACACGAAGAUCAUGGAGGAGUUGUGGAAUCUCGUGAAGGAACAGGUGGCCCAAGGAACCGCUCUACCUUCGUUCGCCGCGGAGCUCAUUCAGAAAAAUCCUGACCCAUCAUCUGACGAGGAAGAUAUGUAUUCGAGAAACGCCAUAGCGUUCUUUUCCGCCGGGUCAGAUACGACAGUAUCCGUCAUCAAUUCCUUCCUUAUCAUCGUGGCUCAACAUCCAGAGAUCCAACGAAGAGCUCAAUCCGAGAUUGACCAGGUCGUCGGCCACGCGAGGCUUCCGAAGCUUAGCGACCGCAAGGAUUUGCCUUACCUCAACGCUGUCUUGAAGGAAGCGCAUCGUAUCAACCCAGUUGGGCCGUUGUCGCUACCACACAAGGUGAGGCAAGACGAUAACUACCGAGGGUAUCGGAUUCCGGCAGGUGCAACAGUUUUGGGGAAUACAUGGGCAAUCAUGCAUGACCCUGCCUUGUACCCGGAUCCACACAAGGUCCACCCAGAGCGCUACCUCACCCCGAAUGAAGGCGGGGAGAAGAUCAAUCCUGAUCCUCGCGACUUCGCAUUUGGUUACGGCCGACGAGUAUGCCCUGGUCAGAUGCUUGCCGAAGGCACGUUCUUCAUUGCCGCCGCGGCCAUCCUGUCUGUGUUCAGCGUCAGCGAUGCAGUUUCUCUGGAUGGUGCGGAGAUCAAUUAUGAGGGCGGAGGUAUCAUCAGCCAUCCGUGUCCUUUCAGAUGCAAUAUCACCCCCUCGAGACGUCGCAGGGGCACAAGCAACUGUAUCAGUCUGACCUGUACGCAGUGGCUGAUAUUGUCAAUAUUGCGCUGUAUCUAGUAUUACCGAAAUUGAUAUAUUGACAAGGGACUGCUUCGCUUCGCUCCGCUUA